AUGUCUACAAAAGAUAUGGUUUUAGAGCUAAAUAAAUUAGUAGCAGAAGGUGAAAUUCAAAAAGACGAGGUACUUGAAAUAAAAACAAUUGAGAGUUGGAUUACAAGAUAUUCCGCAAGCUUACAUAAAGAAUCAGCAGAACAAAGAGUAAUAGGUAAAGCUAAUAAAAGAAUUGAAAAUGGUGGUAAUAGUAAAAAUAGUC